GGCGGCACGCGGCUGCUUCGGUGCGCCAGGCUCUUUUCGGCCGCCGCACGGCCGGGCCUCAGAGGCUGCCCUCCUGAGAGGGGCUCAGAGCACGGCCAGGUACGCGCCGCCGCCACAAGUUGCGCCGCUAGCGACGAGGCUGGUCCCCACAGACGGCUUGCCAUUUGUAUGACUGGAUGCUGAGAAGCCUGCUGGUUCAGAGGUCCACACAUGAAGUUACCAUAAAGAGGGUGGUUCCAACUUCAUCAAUACCUCAUCACCGUGAGGUGAGGCUAAGAUGAGCAUAACCAGUGACGAGGUGAACUUUCUGGUUUAUCGGUAUCUCCAGGAGUCAGGUUUUUCUCACUCGGCUUUCACGUUUGGGAUCGAGAGCCACAUCUGCCAGUCCAACAUCAAUGGGACACUAGUGCCACCGGCUGCCCUCAUCUCCAUUCUCCAGAAGGGACUGCAGUAUGUAGAGGCUGAGAUCAGCAUCAACGAGGAUGGCACAGUGUUCGACAGCCGCCCUAUAGAGUCCCUGUCCCUGAUAGAUGCUGUGAUUCCUGAUGUGGUGCAGAUGCGGCAGCAGGCAUUUGGAGAGAAGCUCACUCAGCAGCAAGCCAGUGCAGCAGCCACAGAGGCAUCAGCAAUGGCAAAGGCGGCAACCAUGACCCCAGCUGCUAUUUCCCAGCAAAAUCCUCCAAAGAUCCGAGAGGCCACAGUGAACGGGGAAGAGAAUGGAGCACAUGAAAUCAAUAAUCACUCAAAGCCAAUGGAAAUAGAUAGGGAUGUUGAGAUUCCACCCAACAAAGCCACAGUCCUUCGGGGCCACGAGUCUGAGGUGUUCAUUUGUGCCUGGAACCCUGUCAGUGAUUUGCUGGCCUCCGGAUCUGGAGACUCAACUGCAAGGAUAUGGAACCUGAAUGAGAAUAGCAACGGGGGCUCCACCCAGCUCGUGUUGAGACAUUGUAUACGAGAAGGGUGGCACGACGUCCCAAGUAAUAAAGAUGUCACCUCACUGGACUGGAACAGUGAUGGAACACUAUUGGCUAUGGGUUCAUAUGAUGGUUUCGCAAGAAUAUGGACAGAAAAUGGUAACCUGGCCAGCACCUUAGGCCAACAUAAAGGCCCCAUCUUCGCUCUGAAAUGGAACAAAAAGGGGAAUUACAUUUUGAGUGCUGGUGUAGACAAAACAACAAUAAUUUGGGACGCUCACACAGGAGAAGCCAAACAGCAGUUUCCUUUUCAUUCAGCCCCCGCCCUUGAUGUGGACUGGCAGAACAACACGACCUUUGCCUCCUGUGGCACAGACAUGUGUAUCCAUGUGUGCAGGCUCGGCUGUGACCUCCCAGUCAAAACUUUCCAGGGACACACAGCCCUGAUACCUUUUUCAAGUGACUCUCUGACCUCUUUGAACGAGGUCAAUGCCAUCAAAUGGGAUCCUUCUGGAAUGUUGCUGGCGUCCUGCUCGGAUGACAUGACAUUGAAGAUCUGGAGUAUGAAGCAGGAUGCAUGCGUCCACGAUCUUCAGGCUCACAGCAAAGAGAUCUACACCAUCAAGUGGAGCCCCACCGGGCCUGCCACCAGCAACCCAAACUCCAGCAUCAUGUUGGCAAGUGCUUCAUUUGAUUCUACAGUGCGACUGUGGGAUGUGGAGCAAGGUGUCUGCACCCACACACUCACGAAGCAUCAAGAGCCUGUCUACAGCAUAGCUUUCAGCCCUGAUGGAAAGUACCUGGCUAGUGGAUCCUUUGACAAGUGUGUUCAUAUCUGGAAUACUCAGAGUGGAAGUCUCGUCCACAGCUACCAAGGCACUGGCGGUAUCUUCGAGGUGUGCUGGAAUGCCCGAGGAGAUAAAGUGGGCGCCAGCGCGUCUGACGGCUCUGUGUGUGUUCUGGAUCUGCGAAAGUAAACACAAAAUAUAGAAAAAAAGAAAAGAAUUCUAAUGACCUGCCUUGAAUGCAUGGGGUUGCAGCUCUGUUCAAACACAAUUCUAUCAACUCCAAAAUGUGUGAACUUGACUUGUGUUAGAGUAUAUUCUGAAACCAACUUGUCCCAGGCCACAGGAGUGUAUAUUUUUUCAUAAUCUUUAUCAAGAAGUUUGUUGUUUUUUUCUGAGUUGGAGUUUUGCUCUUGUUGCCCAGGCUAGAGUGCAGUGGUGUGAUCUCGGCUCAGUGCAUCUUCUGCCUCUUGGGUUCAAGUGAUUCUCCUGCCUCAGCCUCCCAAGUAGCUGGGAUUACAGGCAUGCAGCCAUGACGCCCAGCUAAUUUUGUAUUUUUAGUAGAGACGGGGUUUUACCGUGUUGGUUAGGCUGGUCUCGAACUCCUGACCUCAGGUGAUCCACCCACCUUGGCCUGCCAAAAUGUGGGAUUACAGGUGUGAGCCACCAUGCCUGGCCUCAAGAAGUUUUAAAAAGCAAACAAAAACAGAAGCAAAUGAACAGUCCUAUUAAAGGGGGAGAGAAUGGUUUCCACCGAGGGCAUUUAGCCCAGGAAGCAGCAAGUCAGCAGCUCGAGGUGACAGAAGAGGCUCUGUGAUGGCUGAUCAGAAAGAAAUUUUAAAAGUUGUGCUAAAAAAAGAGAAGCAAAUGCUUCUGAUCAAACAGGGAAUUAAAAAAAAAAAACCAGCCCUCUUCCUUGGGAUGUUUUCUGGUUUGUUUUCCUUAACAAUCUGGACAGCGUCAUUGCUCUCACAAAGGAUGUGCAAAGACCAGUUUGUAUACCAAUAAGAUGUGCAAGUUUGUAAUCCCAACACUUUCUGUUUUCCAGCAUCUUCUUUGUUGGCUGGUUUUUCUAUCAGUUGGAAUUCUGUCAUCUGGGGCCUUCUUAUAUCUGAGAUGGAAACUGUUUUGCAUUUCCUGUCUUUUUCCUCUGUUGCUCCCUGCCCCCCUUCCACCUUUCGAUGAGGUCUGGUUUUUCAGUGCACCCUCAAGAGAUGCAGCCACAUGGACAUGAAGACAAAAUCUCCAAUGGACAGCUUUCCCCCUUCUGCCGUCUCCCAUCCUGCCCUUCCCUUGCUCUCUCAAGCUCGCUCUCUCUCCCCCUUCCUCUCUCCCCCUUCCCUCCUUCCCUCUGUACCUUUCUCAUGGUUGCUUCAGAUCUUAGGUCUCAAGGGCACACUGGUGCAUAAUAAGUGCUUUAUGUAGAAGGUAGGACAGGGGACUUUUUAACAGAAGAAAAAGAAUGACUUAUAAGAGAAAAGAGCCUGGAAUACUUUUAGGAAAAAAAAAUUCAUGUUAAAGCGAUUUUAAAAUCCUAAAAUGGCCAUCAGACAGAAAGAGCUUUGUAUGAUUUAUGUUUUAAAAAGAACUGAAGAAGCCACAGUUGGGGCUUGAAGGAUUCCCUGGCUUUCCCCUCAGCCUCAGGAAAGAUGGUCAGAAAACUCCAGGUGGACAAGGGUUACCCCUAGGGGUCAGCAGUGAGAUUGCUCUGCAGCCAGUGAGGGAGGUCCCAGCCAUGCCGGUUGGAAGAAGAACCUUGCAUCUUUCAGUGUGUGCAUACUUUGGCAGCUGUCAGGAAAGCAGGGAAGGACCACAUGCCCUCUAGCUUCAAGGGAGUGUUGGCAGAACAAAAAGGUACUGCAGAAGCCCUAGAAACUGACAGCUUGGCUGGAUUUGGCCUGUUGGCUACAUCUUUGCCACAGCCAUGUUAUGAGUGAUGGUCAUUUCUCCAAGAGCUGGCUUGGCUAGUAAUUGCAGAGGCUGCUGCAUGUCACUUGGUCUAACGAUGACAAAAAUGAAUGUGGAAGGAAGAUUUUAGUCCUGGAAGGGAAAUAUUGACUUAGAACGACACUAACACUUUCUGCCGUCUUUAUAAUUUCUUUCUCUCAUCAAGAUUAGGACAAAUAUAUAUACACGUAUAUAUAUAUACAUACAUAUGUACGUAUAUAUAUAUGUAUAUAUAUGUAUAUAAAUGAAUCUUCUUACUUUUUUUUUAAAGAAAAUUAAAAAUGGUGUUCCUUGAAGGGCUUCAUUUCAUUGUAUCAGGUGACAUUUGUCCUGUUAUUGUCAUAAACCAACACUGACUUAUUUUUUUAAUUAGCAAGGGGGAAAAGGUAUCAAAGACAAAGGCCUCUUCUCCCAUUUGUUUUUCCUGUGGGCAGAAGAAGGGCUGAGGAAGUUGGCCUGGCCUAUGGGGGCUGCUGCUUCACUGGCAGUGUUGCAGUCUGCUGUGUGUGUUCCACGAGUGAGACAGGGUGUUAUUGUGAGGGUGGUGUCCAUCUGCAGAGCCAAAAAUCAGACAUCAGGGAAGGGCCAGGGCUUCCUAUGGAACUUGGAAUUCACCACAACCCCUACAAAAGCCAGAGUCCGUUGAUCAUUCUAGAUCAUUGAUUGGCCUUUGCUUGGAUAUGUGAAUUAUUCAAGCCCCAGAAGACCAAAAUAUCUGGUUCCGAGGUGAGUAUCUUAUUUGGGCUGUAUUUCCAAAACAGUUAGGAAAGCAGGCCACAGUGAUGUAGUGGGUUCACAACACCCAUCUUUGAAGGAGCUAGUAUCCCCAGAUGAGGUGAUGAUUUCCCCUCCCGGGGACUCAUUGGGGUUAGGGUAUGGUUUGUCAAGGACCAAAUGACACCAUCUUUAUGCCUCCCAAAUAAAAAUACAUCCAUCUCUGGAGAGCAUCAGCUGUCAGAGGUCAGCCUGUCAUCAGGACAUGACUUAGGCUUGACAAACCAGAAACAACUGUGUGAUAGUAAUGGUGGGAUGUGUUGCAAGCGAUUCACUAGACAAUCUUCACAUGAAGGUCAGUAGCCAGGGUCUCUUCCAAGGAUUGGCUUUAGUCUGGAUGAAUUGUUAGGUAGAAGCCUGGUUUGGGAGGCCUUGGACCCCAGGCUCCAUCACUGGCUUCUCUAGCCUGAGGCCAGAGAGGUCCUUCCUGUGGCUGCAUGCAGGACCAAGCAUGAGAAUGCAGCUAGCAUCCCCCACAUCUACCCCAGUUCUCAUCAGAACAACACCAUGGACAGCUGUUUCCAGAGCCUCCAGCGUUUGCACAUCACUCCUCACCCUGUGUGCUGCUGGAAUGUUAGUAGAGCCAUCCCUGUAACCAAGGAAUGGCCUGAGCAGAAUGCUAUUGUUCAAUGUUGUUUACAGCUCUUAAAACACAGUGAGGAAUGCCUAAGUCAUAGAGACCAAAUUUGACCUUGAAGGCAGACAUGACACACCUUGUCCAAGGGGGACCAAAAGGGUAGGACAUUACAGGGUGAAACCCUCUGACCCCUCAUGACAAUGUAGGACAUGACUUUUGUCUUCUUAAGAAAUAGGUCAUGGAGCCAAGUGAAGUGCACUUUGUCAAAUGUAAGGGUCUGCUUGUUACUCAUUUUCUUUUUGUUAACCUUUUUUUCCAUCAUUUAACAAAAACCAAUCUUAUAUUUCUUGUCAAAUGCAGAAAUGUUCAUUCUGGCAAUCAGUGAAGUUUUGCAUUGUGUGUCAGAUAUACAGCCGGACAUGUUCUCUGUCCACAUUUUUCAGAUUCUGUUCAGAUGACAUCAACCCAUUUCAUUCCCCCUACCAUCUCACCCUUACAGCCUUUGGGAAAAGAAAAUCACCUUGUGUGCUGUAGCUCAUUUGUUUCAAGACAGAAUCAACAGAUCAUAUUUGGCAUCAUGAAUAAAUUGCUCUAUUUUGAUACUGAAGAACUUGGUGGGUGUGCUUUCUUCCUCUCCCUCUGGAACUCUUAGGCCCAUGUUGACACCAGUGAAUGAAGACAGAGUUCUGUAUUUUCUCCAGAAGGAAAUACUUUGCAUACCUCUAUCCAGGAUUGCUGUGUGAGAUAGAGAGCAGGGGGCAGAAUGCAGUGAUGUGGUGUUGACAGUAGCCUCUGGCUGAAAGGUAGGCUUUUUAGUGUGUUUCCUUUUCACUAUUUUAUUUAGGCUGCCUAUUGGGAAAAGUUAAAGCAAAUGAGUGUUCUCUCAGUGGGAUGGUUGGUUGGGUUCCCAAAUUAGCCAUAAGUAAUUUGAAGAACCUAAGGUUACAGGAUGGGGCAACUUACGGCAUGGAUGUCUGCACAGUGCAGACCAAUAUGUGGCAAACAUUUACUGACAUUUGCUCUGUGCAUGUCUCUGUUUAUGCCAGUUUAAUAGGUGGCUGUUAUAUAAUGUAAUUAAUUAAUGGAUAUUGAUUGCUAUCUGCAUUCUAUGAAGGAGGCAGUAGAUUCUAGGAGGUGAAGACAUGGCUUACUCUAAGGUUUCACUGUGCACGUGAGUCAGUCAGUCAUUUCCCUCUAAUCUUGCUUGUUCCACACAAGGACAAAGCAAAUGGCUGGGGGUGCAGAGGCUUUUAUGGGUGAUUCCCUUGGAAAGAUCUGAGAACCUGCAUAUCUGAGACAGGCCUCAGUCUCAGUUAAUUCAGAAAGUUUAUUUUGCCAAGGUUGAGGAUGCAUGCCUGUGGCAGCCUCAGGAGGUCCUGAUGACAUUUGUCCAAGGUCAUCAGAGCAUACUUUGGUUUUAUACAUUCUAGGGAGACAUGAGACAUCAACCAACAUGUGUAAGAUGAACAGUGGUUCAGUCCAGAAAAGGUGGGGCAACUUGAAGCACAGGUGAAGCAGGGAGGGGGCUUCCAGGUCAUAGGUAGCUAAGAAACAAACAGUUUGCUUAACAAACACUCUUUCCAGUCUGGGUUCUUUGUCUCUGGAGUGUCUCAUCCAAGGCAUGUUAAGCAAAGCAAGAAGAGGUUAUCAUUCCCUUCCGGAGAACAGAGAGAGGGAACAGCAGGGACAGAAAUGAAGGAUAUUUAUAGGAGCAACCUUCAGGUAGAAUGUGAGGUGAAUUCUCUGUAGAACGGGGCUUUUGUUAGGAAUAGUUAUAUCCUCAUGAAAAAGAUACUUAUUUAGAGACACUCUGCAGGAAGUAAACAGGUGGGAAUAUGCUCUCUUCUGUAACAAUAUCUGCACAUGAUGAUGAUGAUAAUCUCACUUUGAAAUGGGGUGAAAUGAGUAGAGUAUAAGAAAGUUUUUUAACCUAGGCAACAUAGUGAGACCACAUCUCUACAAAAAAAGUUACUCAGGCAUGGUGUCGAGUGCCUGUAAUCUCAGCAGCUUGCGAGGCUGAGGUGAGAGGAUCAUUAAGCCCAGGAGGUUGAGGCUGCCUGCAGUGACCCAUGGCAAGACCACCACUUUCCUUAAUCCUAAGUGACAGAGUGAGAUCCUGCCAAACAAAGCAAAACACUUUUUUUAUGUUGAGGCAGAUAAACUAAGCAGUAAACUAAAAUCAAAUACAAUCCCUCUGAUGGAACAGUCAUCUUCACUCCAAGCUACACCUCUGUUGUCACCUCCUUCUCACAGGCCAACCUACACUUCUUGCUGUACAUUCCAGUUCCCUUGUACCUCUUCAGGAACUUUCCUGCGAUCAUCACCAUUACUUUCUCUCCACUCCGUCAUUCCUUUAGCACCCCCAAGGUACUCGAGCACCUGCCAUCUUCAAAACGUGACUUGAGCACUUGCCAUCUUCAAAACAGUAAUAACAAAACAAGCAAAAUUCUCUGCAGUAAACAGCCUUAUAGGGAAGUCACUCAGAACCAAGACUGGCCAUCAUCUCAUCUUUUCAUGUGUUUGCCCACUUGUCUCCUCAUUUCCUGUGUUGCCCUAACACACAUCCUGAUGAUCAUUUUUCUAUCCCCAGUACGUAGGCUUGGCCCAGUUCCUGUCAAGUCACCUUGAGAAGGCAUCCAGUCACCCUCUCACUUAGCUGUGCUCAUCAGGUCAAAGCCACAUGCAUGCGUAUCAGCUGGUGAUGCUUGGUGUCUCAACUGGGAGUCAUCAUCUUGGCUGAAUAAUCGGUUCUCAGCAUUCUUGUUGGAGAGCUUCAAAAUCCGACUCUGGCUAAUGUAAGCCCAAAGGAAUAAAUGGGCCUGAUACUGGCAAGCUUUGAGAAAUUGGAGAAUGAGGCUCAGAGGGCACACAGACAAGAACUGCCAAAAGCAGGCUGCAACACUGGGCUCAUGAAGAUCACAGAUAUGGCAGUGGGUGUUGCCCACACCCUGAAGGCUGGACUGGCUCUGGAGGCACACUCAACACUGCCUCCCAGAGUAGGCUUGCCUGCUGCCAUGGCCUCUCCAGAAGUGCUUUUCUGCAGCUCAUUCCCUUGGACGUGAGCUGGUAACUUGAGAGAGGUGCCUAAUUGGCUCUGCCAGGUCACAUGCCUUGCUCUAGCUGCAAAGGAGGCUAUAAAAGCCUCUUUGCUUUUGAACUGGGGGGUAGGGCUGUGCCUCAUCAGGUAGGAAGAUAUCCCCAAAUAGAGGAAGGCCUUCUGAUGUUGGGAGCUCAGGGGAGUGGAGACAGAAUGCCCCUACUGAGAUGAAGGAUGCACAUUUCCCUAGAAAAUCUAAAACGUGUUCACAUUUCCUUGAUACUUUUGGUCAAGGUGUGUGAAGUCUAGCCCAGGCUGACCCUUAGGAGGGUGAAAGAACAGUUAUGGAGAGAUUCAGGGCAGCCCUGGGCAGGCACUACCUUAUAGUGUGCUCAGAAUCCAUCUGCAACCCUGUGACUCCAGAAGUACACAUGAAGAACUUUCCUGCGCUCGAUAUUCCUGAUACAAAGGGAGGUGUCACAUGGCAGAGCUGUCUGCAGUAUCCUGAGAAAAUAUUCUGUCUUGCUUUUCUGUACCUACUAGUGGUUUAUAAUCCCCAUGCAUAUUGCAACAUUUUUGUAAAAUGUAAAACAAUAAUACUAUACAUACACACAAGGGAACUUCAAAAAGUUCAAAAAAUACAUAUUAUGAAAAAGCAGUGGAUUUCACAACACUUUUUUCAUCAAAAUAAGCUCAUGCUAACUUGUUACAACAUGUUUGAAUAGUAUCUAGUUUGAAGCACUAUAAAGUGUGAGACAUCAGUUUGAUUAAAGCAGAGCAACAUUUUGUUAAAAUUGAAACAAUAACAUCAAAUUUAUGGUGAAGUCUGGGAGGAAGAAUUGUGAAAUCAUUGAUGUUUUAUAAAAAGUUUAUGAGCACAGUGUCCCAAAGAGAUAAGCAGUUUACAAAUGGAUAACUUAUUUUAAGAAGGAAUGAUGAUAUUGAAGAUGAAGCCUGCAGUGGCAGACCAUGCACAUCAAUUUGUAAGAAAUAAAUUCUUGUUCAUGCCCUAAUUGAUGAGGACCAGUGAUUAACAGCAGAAACAACAGCUAGUACCACAGACAUCUCAACUGGUUCAACUUACACAAUCUGACUGGAACAUUCAAGUUGAGCAAACUUUACACUCAGGUUCCAAAACUGUCAUGCCCACAUUAGUUGCAGACAAGAGUUAAGCUUUCAGUGGAAAUUUGAAACAAGUGGGAUGAAGAUCCUGAGGGCUUUCUACAAAGAGUUGUAACAGGAGACCAAACACAGCUUUAUCAAUACAAUCCUGAAGGCAAAGCACAAUCAAAGCAAUGGCUACCAAGUGAACAUAAGUAGAGUGGUCAGUAGGUCAUGAUAACAGUUUUCUUUCUUUCUUUUCUUUUCUUUUUUUUUCAUGCUUAGGGCAUUUUCCUUGCUGAUUUUCUGGAGGGCCAAAGAAUGAUAGCAUCUGAGGAAUAUGGGGGUUGGGCCCUUGGCACAUCCACUUCACGGGUUUCUGUGGGUUUGGCAAGCAGGGUCACCCUUAUUUUUGUUGCAGGAUUCGCUUGCAGUAUGGAUUUCAAAUGUGCUGGCAUCAGAACCUGAAGAGGAAAAAACAAAAAUUGUGAGUGUCCAUGUCUUUGCCAGUUUGUCCUCAGCUUCGGAAAAUGCUCUUAGUACUCACUGCACUGAGUUUUUCAUGUGCCAACUUUGGUCAAAAUUGCAGCAUUCAGGUCAUCUAUGAGAAAAAAAAACCUACACCAUCUUUCCAUCUACAUUUUAUUAAAUCAUUACAAUAGAUGAAACAAGUCCUACAGAAUUUUCUAGGCCAGUUAAUGGCUGAUUGUGGCACCGAUGUGCAGGCAACAAAACUGUUGGUUUAGGAAAGUUUUAGAGACCCAGGACGUGUGCUCUCUAAUUUAGGAGCAGAGAGCGCUAUUGUGACAGCUGGUACAGCUUCUACUAGGGAUGGUAACUCAGGCAACAGGGACCCUAUGGUUGGCUGGCUACCUACACUCAACUCCAGGAAGUGCCGGAAGGGAGGGAGACCACAACUGUGAAAAACUACACCACCUCCCAAUGUCUUUUCAUGGGCAAUGGCACAUGUUUAUAGCAAGCAGCUCCUCCCCAUCAGCGUCUACUCAUGGAAAACUGUCAUCUCAAGGCCCAAAUUGGAUACACAUCCAGCCUCAAUUAAAUACACAGUACUACAUGCCUGGUAACCCUUUGCGAAAUUGAGCUCAUUCUGAUCAUGACCCUACAUAAGAUGAUAAAGUGACAAAUAAUGUUUUUGUAAAUACAGGAAUGUAUUUGUCCCAAUGUGCUCAGCAUUUCCUUCAUGAGACAUUUUUAUCAGGUGUCAGGAUGGUUUUGCUCUCACAUGCAGUAUUUUCUAGAAAAUAAUUAAGAGUCUAAUAAUUGUUCACAUUUUUCUCUUUACUCCCCUGCUAAGAAGCUCAAAGCCAAACUACCAUCCAUUUUAAAUAGUUACUGGGGCUAAUUCUAGCUGGCUUUCUAUUUCAUUAUCAUUUUCCUUUAGUUCCUGUUUCAUUUAUUAAUCAAUUUCCCCAUGUUGUUCUUCCAGAAUAUGACAUGGUUUAAAAAGGAUACAGAACAAAAGGAAAAAAAUGUGAGCAUCAGUCAGCAGUGUGAGAGCUAAUGUGAAUCCCAUCAAAAGAAUAAUCUUGGGCAUUGGUCAUCGUUCCAACAAUACAUCUUCUUUCUGUUAGACCCUUUGAAACCACUGUCAGAAUUAUUCUGCCAGUCCUCAAAUAUACUAGAAUACUUGCUUCAUCCCAGGUUGCAAGCUGUGUGUGGGGAAUACAGAGGUGGAAAACAUGAAGGAGGGUGGCCUUUCCAACCACAGACAGGGCAAAUGACUCCAAAAAGCCUCCAAAGAGCCUCCAAAGCCCUCCACCCUUGGGGCUUGCUGACAAUCACAACCUCCUAUGAGUCCCUCUCUGUUUCCUCACACCCUUAGGCACACUGCUUCUCUCCCUCCCACUCCAGGCUUGGUCCUGCCACUGGGCCUCUGCAACUCUAUUUUUCUGUCUGUAAGGCUCUUCUGAUUUUCUUGUGGCUCCUACACUUCAUUCGGGUCUCAAUGCUAAUGUUACCUCAUGCUCAGGGAGACUCUGGGACACCCUCUCUAAAACCAUGCUCCCAAACGUCCCUAAUUUUUCUUCAUGGCACUUCCCACUACCUGGAUGGAAUAUCAUAUCAUUAUUUGUGUUUUUCAUUCUCUGUCUCUGCCACUACAGUGGAGAGUCUCAGUGGACAGGGAAUGUGUCAUAGUCACCAUACUGUACCCGAUGCCCCAGAUAACACCUGGCAUAUAGAGGGUGCUCAAUCAACAUGGGGAAUGGGUCAGUACAGUCAUGUUAAGUGUCUGACAGCAAUGGGAUGCAGCACUACUACUUUGGAGCACUCAUUAAGAUAUGAGUACAAAGAAGGGUAGUAACAAGCACAAUUUUAAAAGAGAUACAUGCAGAGUUUGGGAGAAUAUUUUAGGGGGAAAAAAGAACAUGAGAGUUAUAUGGAAAAGAGGCAGUCAGAAGUUGUGGCACUAUGAGAGAUGUGGUUGGAAAGAACUAAGAAAGCCUGAGCCAGGCUUGGUCCUGCCACUUUAAGGCAAUAACAAUAUUGCCUUUUACCGAGAAGGCAAGUGUGGUUCACACCUCUAACUAGUGCUUUAGGAGGCUGAAACAGGAAGAUCGCUUGAGCCCAGAAAUGCAGGACCAGCCUGGGAAAUACAGAAAGACCCCAUCUCUAUGAUAAAAAUUUUAAAACAAGCCAGUUGUAGUAGUGUACACCUGUGGUCCCAGUAACUUGGCAAGCUGAAGUGGAAGGAUUGCUUGAACCUAGGAGUUCAAGGCUGCAAUGAACCAUAAUCACAACACUUCACUCCAGCCUAGGCAACAGUGAGAUCCUACCUCAAAAAAAAGGCAACUGCAAUACUGUUGUGUCUCUGAAAUAUACACAUGCACUAUGGGCUGUGGGAGAACAUGGCACUCAGAUCUUCCUCCCAGGGUUGGAUUAAGGUGAAUCUGGAGGAAUCUUGGUCUGAGUUAACUCAGAGAAAGUGUGAUGAGCUGCUCAAACAGUGGUAAAGAGAUUGAGCGAUGGGGGAGGACUGGCCAUGGAUGACACAGCCAGAUUUUGAGGAGAAUCUGGGCGGCUGACAAGGAUGGGGGAGAGCUGGUUUUGCUAGUGUGGUAAACCUGCCUUUCCUGGAGCCAAGAUACCAGCUGGGAAAACUUCUAAAGAAGCCUUGCAGUUCUGGAGCAGCAUUCCUGCUAGAGGGGGCUGGUGGCACAUCAAAAAGACUUGAUUCUGGCCGGGCAUGUUGGUUCACGCCUGUAAUCCCAGCACUUUGGGAGGCGGAGGCGGGCGGAUCACGAGGUCAGGAGAUUGAGACCAUGCUGGCUAACACAGUGAAACCCCUUCUGUACUAAAAAUACAAAAAAUUAGCCAGGCGUGGUGGCAGGCGCCUGUAGUCCCAGCUACUCACUAGGCUGUGGCGGGAGAAUGGCGUGAAUCCGGGAGGCGGAGCUUGCAGUGAGCCGAGAUCGCGCCACUGCACUCCAGCCUGGGCGACAGAGCGAGACUCCGUCUCAAAAAAAAAAAAAAAAAAAAAAAAAAAAAGACCUGAUUCUCACCAGGUCAGCCACUGUUUAUGAGGACGUCAUGGAUUCAAGCAAACUUGUGUGUGAUUUCUGCGGUUCUUUUCAAACAGACUCUGGGCUGUGGUGUCAUAUGGUGGCUCUUUUUAUUAUUUUUUAGAAGUAUUUAUCAUUUGAAUUUUCUAGUCCAGAAAUUAUAUUGUUAAAGUUUCAUUUUCUCUAUUAUAAAAAUAAUUCAUACUUGUUAAAAUGUGGAAAAUAAUUUUGCUUUAUAGAAAAGUCAGGAAAUAUAAAAAACUUUAGAGAAGUAUGAAUGACUCAUGGUCCCUCCACCCAGAGACAACCACUGUUAACAUCUUAGCAUAUAUAAGUCAUUUCAUUUUAUUUGAUGAGUUUGAAUAAAUGAGAUUUUGUUUUUUUUAAAAAAAGCUGUAUUUUGUAUACUAUAUUUAAAUGUAUGUACAAGGAGGUUAGUCCAAAGAAACACAGUAAUUUUUUAUGACUAGUGAUGGGGAACUUUAAACAAUUUUUUUUGUUGUUGUUGUUUCACAGGGUCUCACUCUGUUCCCCAGGCAUAGUCUUGGCUUCUUUACUCACUGCAACUUCUGCCUCUAGGGUUCAAGUGAUUGUUGUCCAAGUAGCUGAGAUUACAAACAUGCACCUCCAGGCCUGGCUAAUUUUUGUGUUUUUAGUAGAGACAGAGUUGUACCAUGUUGUCCAGGGUGGUCUCAAACUCCUAGCCUCAUGUGAUCCACCCACUUUAGCCUCCCAGAAGUGCUGGGAUUACAGGCGUGAGCCACGGCGCCUGGAUAAAACAAUGUUUUUAAAAACUUGUACAAUCAGGCCUGGCACAGUGACUCAAGCCUGUAAUCCCAGCACUUUGGGAGGUCAAGGUGGAAGGCUCGCUUGAACCCAUGAGUUUGAAACUAGCCUAAGAAACAUGGCAAGAGCCUAUGUCUACAAAAAAAGUAUAUACAAAAAUUAGCCAGGUGUGGUGGUACAUGCCUGUAAUCUCAGCUACUUGGGAGGCUGAGGUGGGAGCAUGAACUGGGCCCAGGAGGUGGAGGCUGCCAUGAGCUAUGAUUGUCCCACUGCAUUCCAGCCUGGGCAACAGAGUGAGAUGCUGUUUUGAAAGGAAAAAGAAAAAAAAAAAGUUCUACAGUCAACAGAUGAUACUCAAAGGACCUCUCAGUUAAAGCAAGCUUUUUUCUUCUAAUUCCAAUACCCCUGAGAGAUUUUUCACAUCUCUUGAUUGUUACAGUAGGUUUUCAGACACAUAUGAGUACGACAGGAAAAGGUCUCUGUCCCCAGGAAUGUGAGGCGACCAUCAAGUUAUUCUCAGGUGGUUGGUAAACUGUCUCUCUGAAAUAAUUAUUGGUUGCAGCUGCUACCAGCAGAAGGCAGUCUCCAAAUAGAUAGAAACACUGGAAACUGUCGAUCAGCAGCUUCCCCAUAAAAUCUCAGGGGUUGGGAAAGUGGGCUCAAGUAUGCACAAUAUGAGGCAAGAUGGAAGAAUCUUUCUGGCAUAUGACCUUCCUCUAGGAACACUCAGCUGGUGAGCAUGCACAAAACUCCAGGAAAUACUGCACAUGUGGCCCCUCCCAAAUAGUAGCAGGCCACUAUUGCAUGCAGACAGUCUGCCCCAAGAGAAUAAUCAUGGAAGAAGGGAUGCAAGACCCCAGAAACCAUGGCAACAUAUAAGAUCCGACAUCAAGGGCUAAACAGUGCGCUUGACUCUCUCAAGUUGCCUGCUU